AUGCCUGAGCCCGGGCCGGAUGCCUCGGGCACUGCCAGCGCGCCGCCCCCGCAGCCGCCACCCCAGCCUCCGGCGCCCAAGGAAUCCCCGUUCUCCAUCAGGAACCUGCUCAACGGAGACCACCACCGGCCGCCCCCGAAACCUCAGCCGCCCCCACGAACGCUCUUCGCGCCGGCCUCGGCCGCCGCCGCUGCGGCCGCCGCUGCCGCCGCCGCAGCCAAGGGUGCCCUGGAGGGCGCCGCGGGCUUCGCGCUCUCGCAGGUGGGCGACCUGGCUUUCCCCCGCUUUGAGAUCCCAGCGCAGAGGUUUGCCCUGCCCGCGCACUACCUGGAGCGCUCCCCGGCCUGGUGGUACCCCUACACCCUGACCCCCGCCGGCGGCCACCUCCCGCGACCAGAAGCCUCGGAGAAGGCCCUCCUGCGAGACUCCUCCCCUGCGUCCGGCACGGACCGUGACUCCCCAGAGCCUCUGCUCAAGGCUGACCCCGACCACAAGGAGCUGGACUCCAAGAGCCCGGACGAGAUCAUUCUGGAAGAGAGCGACUCAGAAGAAACCAAAAAAGAAGGCGAGGCCGUGUCUGGUGCGGCAGGGACGACAGUAGGGGCGACUUCGGCGACUCCGGGCUCAGAGGACUGGAAGGCGGGUGCCGAGAGUCCCGAGAAGAAACCUGCGUGCCGCAAGAAGAAGACGCGCACCGUUUUCUCCCGCAGCCAGGUCUUCCAGCUCGAAUCCACCUUCGACAUGAAACGUUAUCUGAGCAGCUCGGAGCGUGCUGGCCUGGCCGCGUCGCUUCACCUCACCGAGACGCAGGUCAAGAUCUGGUUCCAAAAUCGUCGCAACAAGUGGAAGCGACAGCUGGCGGCCGAGCUGGAGGCUGCCAACCUGAGCCACGCCGCAGCGCAGCGCAUCGUGCGCGUGCCCAUCCUUUACCACGAGAACUCUGCCGCCGAGGGGGCGGCGGCGGCCGCGGGGGCCCCGGUGCCGGUCAGCCAGCCGCUGCUCACUUUCCCGCACCCAGUCUACUACUCGCACCCUGUGGUCUCGUCCGUGCCGCUGCUACGGCCGGUGUGAGACCGGAGAGGGGAGAGGGAGUGAGCACCUGGCCACCUUUCCGGGCCCCCGGAGGAGACUGGGCUGGGCCAAGGGCGCCGAGGUGUGUCCAGCCGCCUUGGGAACCCGGCUUGGGCUCACUGCCUUGCCUCCCACCCCUCCCAAUAGCAUUUUGUAAGUAUUUGCAAUGCAUUUUCGUGCAAUUCAUUCCUAUGAAUUUGAGGCGCUUCUCCUCUUAUUUUUGGUUUUGCUUACCAUUGAGAGAAAACCGGGUGGGAGGGCGACAAAAUUCCCAGGUCAAAACUUCCAACUGCAAGUUUUUU